AUGGAAGAUCCACUGGAUGUGAUUAGCGCUGAUAAGGAGAAUGAACGGAGAAUGAGCAUCGAGAGAAUUUACCAGAAGAAGUCUCAGCUUGAGCAUAUCCUUCUGCGACCUGAUACGUACAUUGGAUCCGUAGAAUACACAGACCGAGCGGUGAGUUUUUCCAAUCAAAUGCAAUUGAAUUUGGUUUCUGAUACAUUCUGA